CUGAGGAUAGUUGCAAGAGAUUACUUGUUUUGCCGGACGGACUGCUCAAUCUGAGCUCGAAACACAUAUAUCUAGGUGUACAAGUAAUCGGACAAGCUGUGAUACGUGACAAAAGGGUCCCUGGAUUACAAGCGCGGGUCAAAACCUGUCAAAAUAGUUGGCGACUACAUGUUCCGCUGAACGAAUGCGUGAGGACAUGUCGAGUGUUUUGUGUAUGCCGGAGGUGGGGGAGGCGGGGGACCCCGGGGACAAGCUCACCCAGGAUGAGCUCCUGUCUCAGACACGGGAGGUGAUGCAGGGUUUGGAGGCGCUGAAGGCAGAGCACCAGGCCAUCCUGGAGGGGCUCGCUGGCACGCUGCACUGCCUCAAACAGAGCCAGGAGGGCCGUGCUGUGGAGGAGAAGAGCUCCAUGAUCCGCCGCUCUCUGGACAUGCUGGAACUGGGCCUGAGCGAGGCGCAGGUAAUGAUGGCACUAUCAGGCCACCUGAGUGCAGUGGAGGCUGAGAAACAGAAGCUACGGGCACAGGUGCGGAGGCUGUGCCAGGAGAACCAAUGGCUGAGGGAUGAGCUGGCAGGCACACAGCAGAGGCUGCAGAAGAGUGAACAGAGCGUAGCACAGCUGGAGGAGGAGAAAAAGCAUCUGGAGUUCAUGAACCAGCUCAAGAAGUAUGACCAAGACCUUAGUCCAUCGGAGGAGAAAGACACUGACUCCACUAAGGAGACUCUCGACGAUCUUUUCCCCGAUGAGCAGGACGAGCCUGGUCCUGGCAUUCAGCCUCCACACAGUAGUGCAGUUGCGGCAGCUCAGCAGGGAGGGUAUGAGAUCCCAGCCCGGCUUAGGACCCUUCAUAACCUGGUGAUCCAGUAUGCCUCUCAGGGCAGGUAUGAGGUGGCUGUCCCCCUCUGUAAACAGGCUCUGGAGGAUCUGGAGAAGACCUCGGGCCACGACCACCCUGACGUGGCCACCAUGCUCAACAUUCUGGCGCUGGUGUACAGGGACCAAAACAAAUAUAAAGAGGCAGCAAACCUGCUCAACGAUGCACUUGCUAUCAGAGAAAAAACACUCGGCAGAGACCACCCUGCGGUGGCGGCUACACUGAACAAUUUGGCUGUUCUCUAUGGGAAACGUGGCAAGUACAAAGAGGCAGAGCCACUGUGUAAGAGGGCACUGGAAAUUCGAGAGAAGGUGUUGGGGAAGGACCACCCAGACGUUGCCAAGCAGCUGAAUAAUCUGGCCUUGCUCUGCCAGAACCAGGGCAAGUAUGAGGAGGUGGAGUACUACUACCAGAGAGCCCUGGACAUCUACCAAACCAAACUGGGACCCGAUGACCCAAAUGUGGCCAAGACCAAGAACAACCUGGCCUCGUGUUAUCUGAAGCAGGGGAAGUUCAAGCAGGCAGAAACCCUGUACAAAGAGAUUCUCACCCGAGCUCACGAGAAAGAGUUUGGCUCUGUGGAUGAUGAGAACAAGCCCAUUUGGAUGCAUGCAGAGGAGAGAGAGGAACAGAGCAAGGGGAAGCAGAGGGAAGGUUCUCCCUUUGGAGAAUACGGAGGCUGGUACAAGGCCUGCAAAGUAGACAGUCCUACAGUGACAACCACGCUGAAGAACUUGGGCGCCCUCUACAGGCGGCAGGGCAAAUUUGAGGCUGCUGAGACACUGGAGGAGGCAGCAAUGCGAUCUCGAAAACAGGGCCUGGACAUGGCCCAUAAGCAGAGGGUGGCUGAGGUUCUGGGAGACCCGUCGGAGAUGCAGGAGAAGCAGCGCAGCCAAGAGAGCCUGACCUCUGACAUGGUGAAGUACGAGAGCGGCCCUGACGGCGGCGAGGAAGUGAGUAUGAGCGUGGAGUGGAACGGGGACAAUUCAGGGGCGCUGAAGAGAAGCGGCUCCUUCAGUAAGCUCCGCGCCUCCAUCCGCCGCAGCAGCGAGAAACUUGUCCGCAAACUGAAAGGGGGCGGAUCUCGUGAGAUCGAACCCAAGAACCCUGGCAUGAAGAGGGCCAGCUCGCUUGGGGUUCUCAACGUGCCUGACAAGCCUGGUGGAGAACUGUAUAAAGAGCGAAAUAAUCGUUUGAAGAAGAGCCGGGACUUGAGCGCCAGCCACACGGAUUUAGCGCACUGAUGGUCUGCUUCGCGUGGGGAAUGAAGUAACCCCCUCACCAGACAGCACUACUUCCACUGACGUUUACCUCUGGUCUCCAAACUUAUUAUGGAACAAAAACAAACAGAGCGUAUUUACAGACAAUACUUUAUGGGGAACUACAUCGUUAUUACGCGCAACAAACAGUGAUUCAGAUCCAAAGGUUUUUCUAUCUUCCAAGAACCAAGCAAAAGUUUCAGCACCUUCAGUAAACUUUAUACUACUCGCUGGUAGUGUCGCAUAACUGACUAUUCAACCACUGUUAAACGUGAAAAUUAAAAAAAAACAAAAAAAAAAACAACCCUGUGUAUGAAAUGGUGUGGGCUUUAGAACUUAGUCAUAGCUAAACACUGUUCCUCACUGACGGGGAGCUAACGCGUCAGUUAUCGUUUUCUACUUAAUAUCAUUGGUCGCUUGUCCCGUGUCCCAGAGUUUUAGGGCUACUUGGGGCUGAUUUGGUGGUAGACCAGGUUUGUUUGUUUAACUAGAUUUAAAUUCUAGUUGUGGAACUUGGGCCGACAAUGGAAUGAGAUAAUGUAGGCAACCCAGGGCUGUUUUUGGUUCACAUGUCGAUGAGUACCUAGAGUGUAGCUAUAUUUCCACAGAACAAUAACAGUGUCGACAUCGUUAACGAUCCAGGCUAGUUAUAUAGCAAGGAAACUUAGAAAACGCUGUAGAUGUUACAGUAAUUUAUCGCAGCCCAAUACGAAUUAAGAAUAAAAAGACGCACAUACAGCAUUUCCUUACUGAGUGCAAUUUAAAUUGAUUGUUAAGUGCUUGAGAAGAGUUACGUUUACAUUAACCUACACGCAAGUACAUAACACACAACUAGCUACUGCAAGCGGUGUCUUGCUUUCUUCACAAAAUGACUACACGUUAUGGUAAUGUCUUUUCAUUUUUCAUGUUGUCAGAGGAGACAGAUUUUAAAAUGAGCACUGCAAGGUAAUGGGGUACCCAGGGGUGUCAAACGAAUUGCAUAAAUUCACUGCAGAUGAGCACCAUGCCAGAACAUAGCAUAAGUUAGGG